UGCUCUGUGCCCUUCAAGUGCUUAGGGUUGAAAGUGUGCCUGCCACACAAUCCCCCCUCCCACAUUCUGCAGUGCUCCCUGGCUUUGGCAGUUUAAUAGGGACUUGAUUAAGGGUCCCCCUCCCCAGCAGCAAAAGGCAGGGUGUAGAACCCCCCCCCAUGCACAGCUGGAGAGUCAGCUCCUCUCUGGGAGGGGGCAAUGCUGAGGGCCGCCCCGGAGGGAGGAGCAGCUGCCAGUCCGCCCAACUCCACGGGGCAGUGAGGGCUGGCUGGACAGGGGCCUCCAAGAGCCAGUGGGCUGCUCGGGGACCCGCCGGGGACGAUGGAGGUUUGGACAUCCCGCCUGCAGCGAGUGAUCAGGCAGAAACCCGGGCAGAGAUCCUACACCAUUUACCGCAACGCAGCCGAAGACGAUGGGGACCCUGAGCCAGGGGGGCUUCAGAUCAAGAUGGAGGAAGCCGAGGGGCCCAACGGUCCCCCAGCCUGCAGCCGGAAGGCUGGGUCCCCCCCUCCGCAGCCGAACCGGUGGAAGACAGGGGUCUACCUGGCGUUGGUGGGCCUUCUCCUGCUCAUCGUAGGGUUCCUCCUGGGGUACGUCUCUUCCCGGAGGGGCUCCUGCACGGCCUGCGGGGACUUCUUGCCCAUGGUCAACGAGGACGGGCCCUACCGCCCAGCCGAGGACCCCCAGGGGCCGCCCCCCCUGUACUGGAGCGAUUUGAGGGAGAUGUUCCAGAAGUAUCUCAACGAAGAGAAGAUCGAGGGGACCAUCCGAAAUAUGAGUGAGGGUCCCCACCCUCCGGGCUCCCCUCGCCUGGACGCCCUCUCCAGCCACGUCCUGGCAGCCUUCACCUCCUUUGGCCUGGACCACAGCUGGACCGAUAGCCACUACGUGGGGCUGCAGCGCCCCGACCGGGGGCGACCCAACUUCCUUCGCCGGGUAGAUGCCAACGGGGCCAUGAUAGAAGAGCUGCAGCUGGAGGAUCCAGAGGUUUACUGCCCCUACAGCGCCUCUGGCACCGUCGUGGGCGGCCUCGUCUUUGCCAACUACGGGCGCAGGGAGGACUUUGGGUUGCUGGAGCAGCAGGGGCUGAGUCCCCGUGGACACCUGGUCAUCGUUCGUGUUGGGAAAAUCAGCUACGCCGAGAAGGUGGCCAACGCAGAGGCUAGCCAGGCGAAGGGCAUCCUCAUCUACCCGGACCCCAGCGACAUCCCCCAAGACCCCCGUAAACUGGGCCUUUUCCCUAACAUCAGCAUUUACGGGCACGUUCACAUGGGGGCUGGGGAUCCGUACAGCCCUGGCUUCCCGUCCUUCAACCACACCCAGUUUCCCCCCGUGAGAUCCUCGGGGCUGCCCACCAUCCCGGCUCAUCCCAUUAGCGCCGCCGUGGCUGCCCGCCUGCUCCGACAGUUGACGGGACCCCCGGCCCCCUCGGCCUGGAAGGGUCACCUUCCGGAGGUCCCCUACCUGCUCGGCCCCGGGAACCCCAGUUUCCGCCUGCAGCUCGGGGUGCACAACGUCCGGCAGUCGGUUAUGAUUAACAACGUUUUCGGCUGCAUUGAGGGCAAAUUUGAACCCGAUCACUAUCUGAUCGUGGGGGCCCAGAGGGACUCCCUGGGGCCCGGAGCCGCCCGGUCCGGAGUGGGCACGGCCAUUUUGCUCGAACUGGCCCGGACUUUUGUCGCCAUGGUGCAGAAUGGGUUCCAGCUACGGAGAAGCCUGCUCUUUGUGAGCUGGGAUGCGGGCGAUUUUGGCAGCGUGGGCUCCACCGAGUGGCUGGAGGGGUACCUGACCAUGUUGCACCUGAAGGCCGCUGCCUACAUCAGCCUGGACAAUGCAGUCCUGGGGGAUGACAGAUUGCUGGCUAAGACCAGCCCCGCCCUGAUCAGCCUCAUUGAGAGCGUCAUUAAGCAGGUGGACAGUCCGAAUCGCAGUGGUCAAAGCAUCUUCGAGCAGAUGACCGAGCAGGGCCGGCGCUGGGAAAAUGACGGCCUCCAGCCCCUCCCCAUGGACAGCAGCGCCUUCGCCUUCACCUCUUUCGGGGGGGUCCCGGCAGUGGAGUUCUCUUUUGCAGAGGACUCGCGCCCGUACCCCUUCCUCAACACCAUGCUGGAUACCUACGACCACCUGAACCGGGCUCUCCAGGGGCGCCUGCCCGCCGUGGCCAAGACCGUGGCCGAGGUGGUGGGACACCUGCUCAUCAAGCUGACCCACGACCAUCUUCUGCCCCUCGACUACUGGUGCUACGGGGACGUCCUCCUGCAGAAGAUCACCCGCUUCAACCAGUUCAAUGCCCAGCUGAAGAGUCGGGGUCUCACCCUGCAGUGGAUGUAUUCAGCAAGGGGGGAUUAUGCCCGGGCGGCCGAGAAGCUGCGCAGGGACAUCUACACCUCGGAGGAGCACAACGAACGGCUGCUGCGGAUGUUCAAUGUCCGCAUAAUGCGGGUGGAAUUCUACUUCCUCUCUCAAUACGUGGCGGUGACCGAGACCCCCUUCCGUCACAUCAUCCACGGCCGGGGCCCCCACACCUUGAGGGCCCUUCUGGAGCACGUCAGCCUCCUGCGGGACGCCCCGGAAAAGUUUGACGAAGUUCUCUUCCGCCGGCAACUGGCCCUCGUCACCUGGACGCUGCAGGGGGCCGCCAAUGCCCUCAGCGGGGACGUGUGGAACAUCGACAACAACUUCUGAGCCAAGACCCCCAAUCCAGGCCUGCCCCCCCCCCCCGCCAGACCCCCUAAUGUUAGCUCUGGCGUUGUGUCUCUCGGAUGCUCCCUCAGCUCCAUCGGUCUCUGGUUCCUUUCCCCCCAAAAAGUCCUCGCAAAGCAGAUCCUUUUGGCAAAUGGCAUUGGCUCUUUUUUUUUUUUUGCAAGCACACGCGUGUGAGUUGCACACACGCACACGGGUUUCAUUGCAGCCCCACCCCCACCCCUUUUUCUCUUCCCUUCCUCCCCUCUUUUCCUCCCCGAUUUUUAAUUUAUCAGUGACAGAGUUCACUAUGAAUUAUUGCUAUGCAAUAGAAUAUAGCAAAACCCUCCCGGGUUAAUUACCCCCACCCCCAAUAUGAAUCGCAGCCCCUUCUUGGGCCCCCCCUCCCGGAUUUAUCAGCAGCAAGGUCUGCUAUAAAUGGAAUUGAUUUAUUGCUAUGUAAUAAGACAGGUACCCUGCACCCCUCCUUUCCUUCCUUCCUUCUUUCACUCGUCCUCCAUCCAGCCUCUCCCUCGCUCGUUGCUCCUUCUUGGUUAAUCCGUCAGCGGCUGCAAAUGUUUAUUGCACCAUGGAAUAAAAGGCGAAUUGACUGAUGUGGUGGAUGGAUAGCUGCGUUCGUUAUCAAUCAUUCCUCUCACGCGCCUGGCAGGUGUCAGUCAAAUCAUGGCUGCCUGGGGAAAUGCACCACUGAAGUUGAAUCUCUAGAGGCAGUCCUCAUUUAGUGACUGUUUCAAGUUCCAACGGAACUGAGAAAGGGACUUAGGACCUGUGCAGCUUCCCCACCCAGAGUCACGUGAUCAAAAUUUGGGCACUUGGCCACUGACUCGUAUUUAGGACGGUUGUUGUGUCCCAGGGUCACGUGAUCUCCUUUUGCAACCUUCUGACAAGCAAAGUCAACGGGGUUACUUAACAACUGAUCGGUUCAGUUGUUGUCAUAAGUCGAGGACUACUUGUAAACGGAUUGGGGUAAUGGAUUCUUGGGGGGGUGACAGGGAGGAGGACAUUGUCGCAUCAUCAGGGCACCCCCCAUUUUUUUUCUUGGCAAGUUUUUUUCCAAAAGUGGUUUGCCAUUGCCUCCUUCCUGGGGCUGUGAGAAAGUGGCUGGCCCAAAGUCUCACAGCUGGUUUUCGUGCCUAAGCCAGGUCUAGAAUUCACAGGCUCCCAGUUUUGAACCCGAUACCAAACUGGCUCUCUGUCUCUUUAAUUCCCUAAACACUAUGCACCAAGACAAAUUCCUUGUGUGUCCUUGGCCAAUAAAAAAUUCUAUUCUAUUCUAUUCUAAACGUAUUUCCAAGCAGACCAGCAUCUCUGGCCUUGAAUUAAAUUCUCUUGGCCAUGAUAUAAAUCAACUUUUGUUGACUUGAUCCGAGAGAAUAUAAUAAUAAUAAUAAUAAUAAUAUUUUAAUUUGUAUACCGCCCUUCUCCGAAGGACUCAGGGCGGUUAACAGCCAGAUAAAAUAACAGUCACGACACAUACAAUAUUACUAAAAACAAUAAUUUAAAAACUUAUUAAAUUUGGCCCAAAUUUUAAAAUACUUUCAAACCCUAUAAAACUAAUUAAAAUUUAAAACCCAUAAAAUCAUCUAAAAAAUUAAAAUUCAAGCCAGUCCUGCGUGAGAGAAUAGAUAUGUCUUAAGUUUGCGGCGAAAGGUCCGAAGGUCAGGAAGCUGUCGAAGUCCAGGGGGAAGUUCGUUCCACAGGGUGGGAGCCCCCACAGAGAAGGCCCUUCCCCUGGGGGCCACCAGCCAACAUUGCUUGGUGGACGGCACCCUGAGAAGACCCUCUCUGUGAGAGCGCACGGGUCGAUGGGAGGCAAUCGGUGGCAGAAGGCGGUCCCGUAAAUAACCCAGUCCUGUGCCAUGGAGCGCUUUAAAGGUAGUAACCAAAACCUUGAAGCGCACCCGGAAGACCACCGGCAGCCAGUGCAGUCUGCGCAGGAGUGGUGUUAUAUGGGAACUCCGAAUCGCUCCCUCUAUCACCCGUGUAGUUGCAUUCUGGACAAACUGGAGCCUCUGGGUGCUCCUCAAGGGGAGCCCCAUGUAGAGAGCAUUGCAGUAGUCCAGGCGAGAAGUAACCAGAACCAUGAUUGUCCACAUAAAUCAAAAUUCAGGGAGGGUCUGGUGGCCCUUUGCUUUACACAUUUUAUUUAAAAACAGGAUUUAUUUUAUUAAAUGGAAUAAAAUGAGAUUUUAUUAAGCGUAAUAAAGUCGAAUGUCUUUAAAAUUAAUAAAAUCACAUUCUGCUCAAUGUCAUAACAUCGCAUUUUAUUACGUUUAAUACAAUCUCUAAUUUUACUACCAAAAAGCUUUUGAUCCUAAAAUGUGUUCGCAUGAACAGACCUGCCCAGACUCCUGCCCACCGAACAAUUCAGAAUUUGCAUUUUGCAGCCCAGCAAGCAAAAAGCGAUUAAAAAAAAGAGAAGAAAGACCUCUAGAGCAGGGCUCUCCAACCAU